AUGCCACAUACAUUGGCUAACGCAGCCAUCCCGGCCUCGCUACUAGAAGUCCAGCUUCCCACCAUCGACGGCCAGCAAUGCGUGCGCGACGCGGCGCUAGCAUCGGUGACGCUCAACAUCAAUGCUCCGCCUGUAGAACCACACAUCGAGCUGUGCACCUUCCACUCCCCAGGCAGAGGCACUUGCCGCGGUGACUCCGGCAGUGCUUUAGUCCGCAUCGACCGCGGCACCCAGAUCGGAAUCGUGUCGUGGGGCUUCCCUUGUGCCCUCGGAGCGCCCGACGUGUUCGUCCGAGUCAGCGCCUUCCAAUCCUGGAUCAACCAGCACCUCCGUUAAUAAAUGAAUAAACACCUGAUCUGCUAA